CGGCUGAUGAGAGCGAGAGAGGCAUGAAGGUCAUCGAAAACAGGGCCAUGAAGGAUGAGGAGAAGAUGGAGCUCCAGGAAAUGCAGCUGAAGGAGGCAAAACACAUAGCGGAGGAGGCUGACCGCAAAUACGAGGAGGUUGCCCGCAAGCUGGUCGUCCUUGAGGGAGAGCUGGAGCGCUCAGAGGAGAGGGCAGAGGUGGCAGAGAGCCGAGUGAGACAGUUGGAAGAAGAGCUGAGGACCAUGGACCAGACUCUCAAAUCCCUCAUUGCCUCAGAGGAAGAGUAUUCCACCAAGGAGGACAAGUAUGAGGAGGAAAUCAAGCUUCUAGGGGAAAAACUGAAGGAGGCUGAGACCCGGGCGGAGUUUGCAGAGAGGUCUGUGGCAAAGCUGGAGAAAACCAUUGAUGACCUAGAAGGUAAAAUGUCCCUCCAGUUCUGUGUCCCUCUUUCCUGGGGAGCACUGGCCACAGGGUGCCCCUGGUGGGGCUGGACAGAGUUUGGCUGGG